AUGGGGGCCGGCGGCGCGCGGGCGCUGGGGCCGGGUCGCGGGCCGCGUGGGGGCGGGAGCCGGGCCGCGGGCGACGGGCGGCGGGCGGCGGGCCACGGGCCACGGGCCACGGGCGGGCUCCGGGACCGGGUCGCAGCGCGCGCGGCUGGAGCCGGAGCUGCCGCCGCCGCCGCCGCCGCCGCCGCCGCUGCCGGGCGCUCCCGCGGGCGGGCGCGCGCCUGGAGGCUCCGGUUGCCACGGCAACGGGGAGGCGGGAGGGCGCGCGCGGCGGGGGCGAGGCCGGGAGCCCGGACUGGGCGCCACCCGGACCCCGGGCGCUGCGGGCCCCCGCGCCCUGCACCCCGCCGCGGCCGCGCCCGGCCCUGGGAGAGCGGCCCGCGGACCGGUGCCAUCCCCUGA